AUGGGGAGAGGGUGGGCAACAUGGGGAGAGGGUGGACAAGGUAGGGGUGAGGAUGGGCAACAUGAGGAGAGGGUGGACAAAAUGGGGAGAGGGUGGGCAAAAUGGGGAGAGGGUGGGCAACAUGGGGAGAGGGUGGGACAAGGUAGGGUGAGGAUGGGCAACAUGAGGGAGAGGGUGGACAAAAUGGGGGAUGGUGGGCAAAAUGGGGAGAGAGGUGGGCAACAUGGGGAGAGGGUGGGCAACAUGGGGAGAGGAUGGGCAAAAUGGGAGAGGGUGGGGUGGGCAACAUGGGGAGAGGGUGGGCAAGGUAGGGUGAGGAUGGGCAACAUGAGGAGAGGGUGGACAAAAUGGGGGGAUGGUGGGCAGCAUGGGGAGAGGGUGGACAAAAUGGGUGAGGGUGGGCAACAUGGGAGAGGGUGGACAAGGUAG